GGCGAUUAUGAAAUAUGAAAAGAUAAGAGACCCCUUCUCUCUCCCCCAUUCCCACUCCAGAGUAAGGUCUAUAGAGUCCGUACUCCACCCUUUCCUCUCCCAGACCUUCCUCCGCAAUGGAAGCUUCUCUCUGCACAUUCCCCUCCUCAAAGCCACCUUCCUCUCAGAAGCUAACCCGGACCAAUUUCACAACAACAGUUUUUAAGCCCAAAACCGCUUUUCCGACAACCCACAGAACCUCUCACUUCCCUUCAAUCCGCGCCGCUAUCAGCCGAACCAAGAAGGAAGAAACGGUGGAAAACGUUAGGAAACAGUUGGAGAACUGUUACCUUGUCGCUGGAAUCAAAUACAAGGGCUUCACAGUGAAGCAAUUUCAAGAGCUCAGACGGAGUUUUCCGGAAUCCGUCAAGCUCGUUGUUGCCAAGAACACGCUUGUCGGAAAGGCUAUCGAAGGCACGCCGUGGGAGGCUCUGAAGCCUUGCAUGAAGGGCAUGAAUGCCUGGAUCUUUGUCCACACUGAAGAGAUUCCUGAGGCGCUGAAACCGUACAGGAAUUUCCAGAAAGAGAAGAAGUUGGAAGACAAUGACUUCACGGGGGCGGUGUUUGAGGGAAAGUUUUAUGGGCCCUCUGAUUUCAAGGCUCUAGAGACAAUGCCGACGAGGGCUGAGAUUUAUGCCAAGUUGUUGGGUUCGCUUCAAAGCCCUGCAUCUGCAUUGGUUGGUACGCUCCAGGCACCGGCUAGGGAUUUGGUGAUGACUUUAAAAGCAUAUGUUCAGAAGUUGGAGGCGGAUGGUGGACAAUAGAAGUAGCAGACGCUUCUUAUGGAGCUGUAAGUUUUUCUUAUUUUUUGUAUGUCUGUAUGUGUUGGGUUGAUGUUAAAUUCUCUAAUUUUUAGCUGAAUUCCAACUGUAUCAAAUUUGCAGAUCUCUGUGUCAUUAAUAUGAGGCUUUAUGCUUUCACUUUCUUCUUAGUAUUGUUUUGUACCCAGAAGAUUGUAA